AUGAAGAUUAAGGGAUUAAAUGUUGUGUUAAUCUUGAUAGGUAGGGUCAAAGUCUGGUUGUCGGGGUCAGAGCUACGGAUUGGUAUCAACGGCGUGUUAUCUAAAACGAAGAUCGAUGACGUUCCCUUAAGGAACUUUUUCAAAGGUGAGGUCGGAAAUGGGGAUGACAUAUCGUUUUGGCUGGAUCCGUGGCUUGAUAAUGGACCAUUGAAAUACAAGUUCCCUACAUUGUUUGGUAUUGAAGCUAACAAAAGUUGCAAAGUUUGUGAUCGUGUUACGGUUGGCAGUGAAGGGCCGAGAUAUACUUGGCAAUGGAGGAGACCGGUUAUGGCCGGUGAGGAAGUUAACGACAUGUGGAUUGGGGCUGCAGAUAAGGAUUUCAGCGUGGGAGGGAUUAAAAAUCUUCUAGACAAAGGCUGUAACGUCACGGUUCCGUAUGUCAUCGAGUGGUGUAGGUGGUUGCCAAUUAAAUGUAAUGUGUUCAUUUGGAGGCGAGCAUUGGGAAGAAUCGCUACUAUCGACGCGCUUAAAAGAAAGAAUAUCGAAGUGCAUGACUCGAGGUGUAUUAUGUGUGGAGAGGAAGAUGAAUCAGCGGAGCAUUUGUUCACAUCUUGUUAUACAGUUGCGGUUAUUUGGCAGUUUGUUAGCAACUGGUGCUCGAUUCCUAAUAUCUUGGCUUUUUUGGUUAAGGACUUGCUUGAGUUUCAUGAGCAUAUUGGGAUUAAAGGUGGGAAGAAAGAAGCUGUCAAAGGUAUAAUUAGAGUAGCAUGCUGGAGUAUAUGGAGAUCUAGAAACGAGGUGAAAUUAUAA